AUGGGGAUACACAAAAAGGUAGAGUCUCAACCAGAGAAUCCAUUCUCAGGGCUUGUCAACAAGCAAACGAUAGUGGAAAUCCCUGAAUUCGUGCUGGAAUCCGGGGAAGUAUUGACAAAUGUCCCAGUGGCUUACAAGACUUGGGGUCAACUGAACAAAGCUGGAGAUAAUUGUAUGGUUAUAUGCCAUGCAUUGACUGGGUCUUCAGACGUGUCUGACUGGUGGGGUCCAUUACUAGGUCCUGGUAAAGCUUUUGAUCCAACCAAGUUCUUUGUUAUUUGCUUAAAUUCCCUUGGAUCUCCUUAUGGUUCAGCAAGUCCUGUCACAAAUGAUCCAAAUACUGGCCAAAGAUAUGGUCCUGAAUUCCCUUUAUGCACAGUUAGAGAUGAUGUUAGAAUCCACAAGCUAGUAUUGGAUGACUUGGGAGUUAAACAAUUAGCUGUUGUAAUUGGUGGUUCAAUGGGUGGUACAUUAGUUUUAGAAUGGGCUUUUUAUAAAGAUUACGUUAAAAACAUCAUUCCUUUAGCAACAAGUGCAAGACAUUCAGCUUGGUGUAUAAGUUGGAGUGAGGCUCAACGUCAAUGUAUCUACUCAGAUCCAAAAUAUCAAGAUGGUUAUUACCCAUUAAAUGAUCCACCAACUGCUGGAUUAAGUGCAGCAAGAAUGACUGCAUUGUUGACUUAUCGUUCAAGAAAUUCAUUUGAAUCAAGAUUUGGUAGAAAAGAUCCAAGUUUAGUUAAAGGAAUCCAAAACAAAGUGGAUAAACCUUCAAUAAAUAGAAGCCCUUCAACCCCUCAAGAAGAACAUUGGGCAAUUCAUAAUGAAGGUCACAGAUUAGGAAGAAAGUUACAACCAAAUGGUCUUGAAAAGACAGGAUCAUCAUCCCAAAUCAACUCUCCACGUCCAAGAUCAGAAUCAACAGAUUCAAAUGCUUCAUUGGCUUCAACAGCUUCUUCAGUUCACAAACACCAAACAUAUUUCUCUGCACAAUCUUACUUACGUUAUCAAGGUGAAAAAUUCAUCAGUAGAUUUGAUGCAAAUUGUUACAUUUCAAUCACAAGAAAGAUGGAUACAAAUGAUAUUGCAAGAGAAAGAGAAGGUGAUUUAGAAAGCUUAUUAGAAUCAUUAACACAACCUGCUUUAGUUAUUGGUAUAAGUUCAGAUGGAUUGUUUACUUAUUCAGAACAAGAAACACUAGCAAGAUAUAUGCCAAAUGCUAAACUAGAAAGAAUAAAUUCUCCAGAAGGCCAUGAUGCAUUCUUGUUAGAAUUUGCAGCUAUAAAUAAAUUGAUUAUUGAUUUCUUGAAGGAAAAUUGCUCAGAAAUACUCAAUGCUCCAGGUAUUGAAUGGAAUGAAAACAUCGAAGAGGUUACUGAAUCAGUAUUUGGUGAAGCUGAAGAAGUUACAAAUUGGUAG